CGCCCCUUCCAGCGUGCACCAAAAGGAGUAUAGUUGUCCUCACUAUAAGCUGCUUGCUAGCAUCGGUUAGCCUGUCUCUGCACCCGAAAGGGAAAGAAUGGAAACUCUGAAAGACUUGGUGGAGGGAGUGAAGGUGGAGAGCCAGACAGCGGUUCUGUUAACCUCUGCUGUCUGCGGGGUGGGCGCCCUGCUGAUGGUGGUGCAGACCGUUAGCGGGCACCGGGCAGCGAAGGACAAGAUCCAAAGAGCCAGGAACAGGAGGACCGAGAGCCUGCAGAGAGCUGAGCAGGAAGUGCUCCGGUACAAACAGUUGCAUCCAUCCUGUGACUCUGCUGCCAUAUUGUCACUGUCGUUGUCUGACUUGACAAAGCAGCUGCGGGAAGGUUCGCUGUGCCCGGAGGAUGUGUUUUACUCCUACAUGCAAAAGACUCUGGCUGUGCACAAGAAGCUGAACUGCUGCACAGAAAUUUUGCUGGAGAGUUUCGACCAGCUGAGAACAAUUGGCUCCAACAAGGACGGCCUGCUGUACGGUGUUCCCAUCAGCAUAAAAGAAAAUGUUUCAUAUAAGAACUGUGACUGCACCUGCGGCGUGAUCAUAAAUCUGAGCCAGCCAGCCAAGAAGGAUAGUGUGAUCGUGGAAGUACUGAAGAAACAAGGAGCCAUUCCUUUCACAAAAACCAACCUGCCACAAGCACUAUUAAAUUAUGAUUGCAGUAACCCCAUCUUUGGGCAGACGAUCAACCCUUACAAUCCUCAGAAGACCUCUGGAGGUUCCUCUGGUGGGGAGGGGGCGCUGAUUGGUGGAGGGGGCUCCAUUCUUGGCAUUGGCAGUGACAUAGGGGGGAGUAUCCGCAUACCUGCCUCUUUCUGCGGCAUCUGUGGCUUUAAACCCACAACAGGCCGACUCAGCUCAAAGGGCAUUGUUCCCAUUUACCGAGGUCAAAAGUGCGUGCUCUCAUCUCCUGGACCCCUGGCACGGGACGUGGACAGUUUAGCUCUGUGCAUGCAGGCUCUGCUCUGUGACCACAUGUUUUCCUUGGACCCAACUGUUCCACCUUUACCCUUUAAUCUUCAGACAUACCAGAGCUCUAAGCCUCUCAGAAUCGGUUACCUUGAACACGAUGGGUACACGCAGCCUCCUCCGUGCAUGAUUCGUGGCCUCCGAGAGGUCAAAGCUCUGUUGGAGCAGGCUGGGCACACAGUGGUGCCUUAUGAACCUCUGAGGGUGGAUCACGCUGUCACUGAACUCAUAAUCAAGGGCGUGCUUGCAGAUGGAGCUGCCACCAUGCUGCAAAAACUGAAGGGAGGGCCUGUGGAUCCCUGCCUCAAACCUCAGAUUCAUCUAUACUCCAUCCCUCUCUGGUUGAAGAGAAUCCUCAAGUUCCUGCUGAAGCCCUUUUCUCCUCGCAUCCCUCCCACUCUCGGCGCCCUCUGUGGCGUCAGUUCCGCCCCGGAGGUUUGGAAGCAGCAUGCUGAUGUUGAGGACUACAUUUCUGAGACGAUAGCACACUGGAGGAAAUACAACAUAGAUGUGCUGCUCUGCCCCAUGAUUGGACCGGCCUUCAACUUCUUAUACUGCGGCAGACUCACAUGUCUCUCCAGCUUAACAAUGAUAUACAAUCUCCUUAAUUUUCCGGCCGGUGCUGUCCCUGUAUCCACGGUGACAGCUCAAGACGAGGAGGAUCUUAAGCAUCUCAAGGGCCUUUAUCAGGACACCUGGGACAAGCUGCAUAAACUGGCUGUGAGCGGCGCGGAGGGUCUGCCCGUGGCGGUGCAGUGCGUGGCCCUGCCGUGGCAGGAUGAGCUCUGUCUGCGUUUCAUGAAGGAGGUGGAACAGCUUGUCAAACACAAGAAAAACUGAAACAGCGCAUGGAUGUUCUGGAUCCAACAGCUGGAUGACAUGCCUUAAUCACACUACAAUGUUUGAUAAAGAUUCUGGUUUUUACAUAUGGUUUGUAAACCAAAAUCUGUUGAUCGUGUUAAGGAAGUUUAAACAAAUAAAUCAAUAAUUAAAGUGAUUUUGUUUGCUUUAGAGUAGCUCAAUAGUUUGUUGAACGGCAUGAUCAUUCUCCUUUAGAGUAAUGAAUGAACUGACACUUUUUUUAUUUUUCAUUUUUGGAACUAUAAAAAUCUACUCAAUCUGUUAAUAAAUCAUGUGCAUUUCCUAGCUAAUUUUGACAAAUGUUUCUCAAAUUGAAAGCUUUCUUCAUGACUUUUGCACCAUUAAUAUUUAUGCACAUAAAUAUGCUGAUUAUUAUAAACAUAACAUGAAUUUUAGAUUCACAAUUUAGUGUUAAUUAGACUUGAAAAAUUAUGUUUUUGUUUUGUUUUUCCAUCUCAGUGUGUUUGAUGGCUAACACUUGGGCAUAACCAAAAGACAAUUGAUAACUUGCACCCAUGCGUAAAUUAACACAGCAAAUAACGUGUAAUGUAUUGUAAAAAUGAGCACAGAUUUGAAAAGAAUAAACAUUUGUAAUUUAAAUAUUUUUUGUAAUCACAUAAAUGAGAAUAAAGUUUAAUUUGUCUUUAAAAAUUCCGUUUUACAGGAAAGCUUGCAGCUGAGUUAAUGUUACACAGCAAAUUAAAAAGUGUUAAAUGGUUUGGUGUUAGACUUUAUGCAAAAGCAGAGUUAAUUUUACUCUAACAGAGCCACAUUCUGUGUAUGUACAGUAACUCUGGGGUGUAUAUUGUUAGUAGUUAAAAUCCAGUGUUAAAACAAAGUGUUUCCGUAUCAAAUCUAGAGGUGUUAAAGUGGAACCAGUAACACUUGACUUCUUAACUCUUACUUUAACACUAAAGGAGUUAAUUCACUGACUCCGCCCCCAGAAUCACAGGUUCCCACAGAAGCCAAGUCAUUUCAGGACAAUUUACUUUCCACAUGUCUGAGUUGUUCACUGCGGAUUGGUAAGUAAUUAUUUUUUCUGAGAUGGUUUAUAACUAUUAUUUUGAGUUGAGAUCAAGCUGUAUGAUAGACAUCACGUUCCCCACACUGCUCGGUGUUGUGAUGUUUGUGAAGUAUAAGUGUUGAAAACAAAUCGAGCCGGUGAACAUUCAGUCAAAUUCUUGGCUAACAAACAGAUCCGUAAUAAUCUGGAGUGUGUUUUUUCAUGAUGUUGAACGUUUAUGUGAAUAUUGGUCAGAUUUAUCAAUCUUUUUGAUAUUUUUUUUCCUCUGAUAAACUGUAAAAGGCUUUCUCAUGUUGAAAGCAUUAUUCCUGCUGUUGUGUCUUAAAUACAUUUUGCAGCAUGUUUUAAUCCUUUUAUUGCCUUUUUCUAUACAUCAGUACCCGUAUGGUUGCGGAUGAAUUGCCAGUCGUCAGCAUCAACCUCCCCAUGUCAACCCUCCAUGGAUCCUUUGAAGAUUCAAGCUCCAAAAAUGAUUAUAGACCAACACUGGCUAUCGUACUCGGAGACUGAAGACUUCACAUUAGGUAGAGGAGCACGGUGAUGUCCCCGGCCAAACUUCACCAACAGGCCUACAACCCGAAGACAAUCUGUGUUAGUGAGUGGACAGCUCUUUGGGAGAGAGAGGCCCAGUCUCUUAUCAACAGAAACAUAAACUGGGUAAGAAGUGAUGGAUCUGAAUUUCAGGUUGUUUCUGUUAUGUACUGUAAUAUCUGGCAAUCUACCUGUUAAAAGAAAAUUUGCUCUAUCAUAUUACAUGAACUGCUUGCUUUACUAUCUCCACCUUGUACUUUGAACAAUUUCAUGCAUAUUGUAUUGAAGAAAAAUGUAUUGAGCAUACUGCAUUUUGUAUUGCACAGCUUAUAUGUCAGACCUUUUGACAUAUAAGCAAUAUGUGAAUGAAAGCGACAUGUGAAACAUGCACAUUAUUCCACGUUGUAAUAUGUUUUGUAAUUAUGGUGCAUGUAUUGAAAUAAAUGCAUUUGAGAAAAU